AUGGCCUCCAAAACUGCCCCUACCAACGUUGGCGCGCCAAAUCAGACACUAUACUGUACAAACCUCCCCGAUAAGAUCAAGAAACCUGACUUGAGGACGGCUCUAUAUACACUUUUCUCUACUUAUGGCGCGGUCCUCGAUGUUGUGGCCAUGAGAUCGAAGGGUAUGCGCGGGCAAGCACACAUUGUGUUCAGGGACGUCCAAACGAGCACACAGGCGAUGAGAGCGCUGCAAGGUUUUGAUUUCUUUGGAAAAGAAAUGAAAAUUGUUUACGCCAAAGGGAACUCGGAUAUAAUUGCAAAGCUUCGCGGCACUUUCAACCCAUCAGGCAUGAACGAAGACCAAGGAAUAUCAACAGAACUUCAGAAAUCCAUCUUUAACGCUCCGCCGUCUGCAGCAACUGCCACUCCGUCCGUGCCACCUAAGCCAGCCAACGGCGAGGCUGCCGAGCCAGCAGCACCGCAGGGUGUAAAACGGACCCGAGAGGAAGAGAGCGAUGGCGAAGCGCCUAUGGAUGAGGAGAGUGACGUGUCUAUGGAAGCAUCGUCCGAUGAGGAUUAA